AUGGAUGACUUGCAAAAAUAUUUCGACAUGAUAAAUUUAAUAAAAAAAAGAGAUACGCAGAAAGUAAUAGAUAUAAUAGAGGAAUUUGGUUUAUCAUUCUGUCCAAUGUUAGAUCGAGGGUAUCCACUACUUACUGCUGCCGUUGGAAAAAAUCAAGUAGAGAUGGUGGCAUAUUUAUUGCGGAAAAAUGCAAAAGUUGACAGCGAUCGUGAUGUCCUGUCACCUCUUCAGAUUGCCGCCAUGAACAACAACACGACAAUUUUCAAAAUGCUUCUGGAACGCGGCGCUAAAAUAAGUGAUAACAAUAUUCAUAACAAUAAAUCACCAAUUAAGCUAGCAGUUGAGCGCAACAAUUUUGACAUCACAAGACUUAUCUUGAAGCAUAAAAAUUUUGGAAAAAAAUAUGAUCAGUCAUUACUGCAUACGGCUGUCCAGAAUAACAGCUUGGAAAUGGUUUCAUUAUUAUUAGAAACUGGUUUGGAUGUCAAUGAAUAUGAUGACGACAGAUCAGCUCCAAUCCAUUACGCAGCAAUGGCCCACAACAAUGAUAUUUUGCAAUUAUUAUUAGAUUAUGGCGCAGAUAUUAAUGCUAAAAAUCAACACGGAAAUACUCCAGUUUUUUUGGCUCUAAACACUGGGUAUAUUAGCACUGAUAGGACAGUUUUGAUGCUUUGUAGAGUGAUUAAUUGUGACCCAAAAAAGUAUAAUACAUUAAAUACUCUUCUAGAUAAUGAUGCAGACAUAAAUGUUUCUAAUAUCGAUCAAUAUCUUCCAGUUGAUGUUGCUUUUAUUGGCUCACCAAUUGAUAACGGUUAUUCGGAUAUAAUGAAAUGCAUAAUUAAACAGAUUGUUAAAUUAAAAAGAUUAAAUGCACCCCUAUCUAGAAACAGUGAUAUUUUAUUGUCUUCUCUUGUUGCAUAUCAACAGUUUGAUAAUUAUAAAAUAAUAUGUGAGCAAGAAAUGUCGAGAACGAUUACGGAAAAAAUACUAGACUCGAGGAUUUCGCCUUAUGAUAUUUUGAGCAAAAAUAGUCAUGUUUUAGCUGCGUAUGCAAAAAAUAAACAUCAUGAGACGUUCAUAUUUUCGGAUGAAGUUUCACGACGAUUUCCGGUUUAUGGAUUGGCGAUAAAACUCCGCUUUUUGAAAGGACUAGCAAGGAAAAAUUUACUGGAAAAAAGUACUGAACUUUUUCAUAAUCUUUUUCCCGUUGCGUCUAAAUUGUUGUCUGUUGCCGUCGAUGAUGUAUUUAAAUGUUUAGAUAAUAAGGAAUUAAGACGUUUUUUGCGCGUGUUCGAACAAGAGAAUAUUUGUACAAAAAUAGGUAUGCUGUAA